AUGGCAUCCUCUCGGAAGCGUUAUUCGGACGAAGAGUGGCUCCAGCAUCGAGCUGAAAUCCAGCGCAUGUUCCUGAACGAGUCAGCUUCUUUCAACGAGAUCAUACGAAAGCUCGAAGAAGACGGCUUUCCUGUAACGAAAUCGCAGCUUGAGUACAAGUUGAAGGUCUGGGGUCUCCGUAGGAGAAUCUCAAAGAACGAUGCCAAGAUCUUCUGGCAUUUCGUCGACGACCACCUUGCCAAAAGGGAGCAACAGGGCAAACUCAGCCAAGUCAUCCGUGAUGGCAAAGUGAUUGAGCCAGCCAAGGUCAGAAAGGAGAGAAGUCGAUAUCAAAGAACAUCACUGGAGAAAUUUCAGGCAGGCUCCGCCACUCCCCAGGCUCCUCCUGGGUUCAACAUCACGAUAUGCACGCCAGCAACGAGCAACAUGAAAUUUGUUUGGCCAAGAAGCCUUCCCUGGCUGGAAUUUCAGACCAUGUUUCCAGAGUUACCUCGAGCUCAUGGGGCAUACAUGAGAACUGGACUCGGCAGUGAGCUUCCAAGAUUCCCCGCAAAUCUCGACAUCUUAAAGAGCUUGCAUCUUCCGAUCUCAAGUGACAGAUCCAGCGUGGCUCGCCUGACUGCCCAACUUGCAUCGACGAUGCCCGAGGGGCAAGAGGGCAAUAAUGCUCGUCUGGCACAGGCCCUACUCCAAGCACCUACACAAUUGACGACUAGCGAACAUCUUAAACUUCUCAUUUAUCGGAUUUCGAAUAGCAUGAAAGUGUUCGAAAUCUCAGACGACCUCUCCUGUUGGGCUAGGACACUCGUCAUGCUCGAAGAUUCAGGCAUAAUGAGCUUGAAAUUCUCGGUUGGGAAAACUGUAGGCCCUACACUCAGUGCAUUUACUGAGAAGCUAUUCCAGCGGGCAUUUCUUAUCAUGUUCUAUAUGAUGACUUAUGGCGAUCUACCUGGCUUUCUGUUUGAAUUGGACUCCGAUUGUUCGGAUUUCGAGAUAGACUGCACAUUGAAAGAUCGCUUGGAGCCCCUGAGAGCAAGAACGAAGAAGGUUGUGCUUUGGCUGCUGUCCUUGGGGCAAAGCCCAGACGUGUACAUUGACCUUCCUGAUCUUACAUCUGAUACACCACUGGGACUGGCUAUUACGAUAAAUGAGCCGCACCUCGCGCUCCAGCUGCUAGAUGCAGGUGCCGACCCACACUUUUCAUACACAGGAUUGAGCGAAGCUCUGUACGGUCAAUGGAUGCAAUUUCCUGAGUUUGACCAUGAAGGGAAAAUGGCUGCAGUCUUCAAGCGGUUUGCAGAUUGUGGUCUCUCUUUAAGCGAAGACAGAAAUGGUAAUUCGGCUUUGAUGCUUGCCGUUAAGUACAGUAACCGAACCGCGGCAGACAUGCUGAUCCAAUUUGGAGCCAACGUCUUGUGGAGUUGUCAGUACGGGCGGUUUUCCUACAGUCCUUCUAUCAGAGAAGCCAGCGUACUCGGGUCCGCAGCCGGCUUAAUGGAUGAAACGAGGGCAAUGGAAUUCAUCAAGCUUUUAACAGCGCACGCGCAUUCGACAUAUCCAUCAACACCGACAUCGCAAUUCUUCAAGUUGGACGUUGUCAUGAAUGCUUCCAAAAAUGGUCACGUCUCGGUGCUCGAAUACCUUCACCAGAUUGGGUAUGAUACUGCUGGUGCUGAAUACGAAGGAUUCACUGCUUUGCACAUUGCUGCAUUUGCAGGGCGCUACCGUGCCUGUAAGUGGCUUCUCGAUCACGGCUCUUUAGUAGACGGACCAAACCUGUCGAACGGGGCCCCGCCCCCUAUCAUCUUCGCAGCUUUGAAAGGCGACGAGGAUGUCGUUAGACUUCUACAUGAGGCAGGAGCCGAUCUCAAUACCAGCCUGUCCUUCGAGGCCAAUGCGAAUUCCUGGAUGGACACGGACUGGAUUUCCGAGGGUUCAUUGCGGCGUGACUCUCGGAUUGUUUGCCAAUUAGGGGGUAACACCAUCAACCCGGCAGGUGCUGCGAUUCUGAAUCCAAGUCGGGACAAAAAAGUGUGCACAUACCUAGCAAAGCAUGGUGCCAGGCUACCUGGAUGGGCUGCAUACUAUGGCGCCUACGCGAAUGACAUCGACUUGGUCAAGGUUGCUGUGGCAGAAUAUUCUCAGGUCAACAUUAAUUGGCUCGACCAGAACAAGGAGAAGCUGCUGCAGACUUUGCUGUCCUUGGCUCUCAGAGACGAGGACCUUCGUCAUCAACCUUGGAUGCAAAAACAGGUAGUGGAUCUUUGUUUCGAGGUUUUGAGCGCUGGUCCUGUUAUGAUGGGCGGUGAAGCUCAAUUGGCAAUGUUUCUGGACAGCUGGGAUCUUGUCGAAGCUAUCCUGCAAAGAGGUUCUGCCGGGAGUGUGCAGAAAAACAAUGGCAUGUCUUUGCUUGAGGCGGCGUUUCUCUCAGGAUCCGAUUCCAUCAUACAGCACGUGUUCGAGAGGAUUCCCGAAGCAUACGACGGAUCCGCCCUUUGCGCUGCUGUUCUCCUCGCCUCAAAUCGCAAAUGUAUGAAGUUUCUCCAGAGGCUUUUACAAAACCGUCAAAACUGGGAUUGUCCGUCACUAUUGGAAGGAACAGCCAUCGGCCUAGCUGUCUUCAACGGUGAAAUGCAAGCACUCAGAAUACUCUGUGGCCAGAUCGGGACGCCACCUGCAGCAAUCAGCUCUGUGGGUGGAGUUGAGCACACUCUCUUUCAAUGGACAAAAAGAUUGAGAGAUCUACCAUUCUGGCAUGACAAGCAUACCGAAGUCACUGAGCCACUCUCGUUCAUAGUUGAGUCAUCGUGGCUCAAAGCGAAGCUCAGAGAACUCGGAUACCGCUCUUGGGAACACUUGAUUCAAGUUACCCUCAACAUCGAUAGCGAGGAGACUCUCGAAAUUCGACUAUUCUCGAGCGAGUCCGACAUUCGACCAGAACAGCAAAAGGACAAGAGUAUGUUAUUUCUCGUCACGAGGGAUGGACGUCUGAAAUCCGUGGAAAUUGAAGAUUUCCAUCAGAAGACUUACAUGAUCUGUGGGAGAGGAAGAAGCCCGUUGCAGCAGGCGGUUGAAGAUGGAGACCUCACUAAAAUCGAUCUUCUUCUCGGCGCAGGCGCUGAUAUCAACGCACCGGCCGCAGACCAGGCCGGUGCCACGGCUCUACAGCUAGCGGCCAUCACAGGACGAAUUGGGAUCGCAAAGAUGUUGAUAGAUAUGGGAGCUGACGUUGACGCGCCUCGUGCUCCCGAAUCCGGACGAACUGCACUGGAAGGCGCGGCUGAGCAUGGGAGGAUAGAUAUGAUACAGCUCCUCUUAAGUGAGGGAGCCGAAACAGGCGGGAAAGGUCGAUUGCAAUACAUGCGAGCAAUCAAAUUUGCAGAGCGACAAGGGCAUUUGGUUGCUGCGAACAUGCUAAGAGAAUACCGCGAUUGGACCGUGGAUGAUGACGACUUGUGGAGUGAGUUGGAAGACUAA